GUUCAAUAAAAAAAAACAUACCCAACCAUUCUCAAAACCCAAUUGCUAACUCGCAACUGCCACGUGACGAUGGCGCUCCUGAUGCGUGGCCGCCGUGUCGAGCUCCUAGUGGCUUCAGCUAUGACGGCGUACGUGUUUCUCUGCCCAUUCGCCAAAGUGGAGGAGAGCUUUAAUAUGCAAGCGACGCACGAUCUACUAGUAUUUGGGGUGCGCAAUGUGGACAAAUUUGAUCAUAUGGAGUUCCCAGGGGUAGUUCCGCGCACCUUUUUGGGCUCAUUGGCUGUGGCUGGUGUGAGUCGCCCCAUUGUUUCAAUCCUUCAAGCGCUCGGAGGUCCAAAGUUCUGGAUGCAAGUGGCGACGCGAUGGGUGUUGGGCAUGAUGACGCUAGGAAGCCUGGUUUUCUUCAGUGACGGCGUGGGAAUGCGCUUCGGGCGGGACGUGAGUCGGUUCUUGCUCCUGAUCUGUGCCUGUCAGUUCCAUCUUUUAUUCUACAUGACACGUACUCUACCCAAUGUCUAUGCACUGGCGCUGGUGCUACUUGGACUGGGAUUUUGGCUUCGAGGCAAGUGGCAACGUUGUGUGUUCCUGUUCACGUUCACGACGGUAGUAUUCCGGGGUGACACGAUUGUAUUGUUCGCUCCGUUGGUGUUGAAUAUGUUACUAUCUCGUCGAGUAUCCUUCUUCCGGAUGGUUUGGUGGGGGUUGUCAUCGGGGAUUGUGUCGUUGAUCUUGACGGUACUGGUGGACUCCUACUUCUGGCGGCGCUGGCUUUGGCCUGAAGGUGAGGUGCUGUGGUUCAACACAGUGCAGAACAAGAGCAGCGAGUGGGGUGUGAGUCCGCCAUUGUGGUAUUUUACUUCAGCGCUGCCGCGUGCACUCCAAAUGACAGCGUUGCUGAUCCCAUUAGGACUCAGCUCGCUACUUCCCACACUCUUAAAGAGCCACUCGUUGCACGACAUUGCGUGGGCUUUUAAGACGGCGCCAAUUGUCGACUGGAGUGUCUUCUCCCUUGUGUGGCCUGUGUUCGUCUACCUGGGACUUUUCUCGUUCCUUCCUCACAAGGAAUUGCGGUUUAUCUUCAAUGCGAUCCCUAUCCUGAAUAUGGGGUCUGCUGUGGGUCUGGCAAAACUGUUUCGCAACAGAAGCAAGGUAAGCAAACGUGCUUUGAUAUCCUGCUAAAAAAUCUCCUUUACAGUACUCUCGUGUUUAUUUUCUACAGGCGCUUCUACCGUUUGUUGGGGCCAUUGGUUGUCUACUGAUCACAAGUUUGGGCACUUUGUUCUUGCUCACCGCUGCUCAGUCCAACUACCCUGGUAAGACUUGACCAUAUAUUACACUCAUAGUAGCUGAUUAUGACACUGUAUAUCUCCCCAGGUGGUGAAGCGUUUGUGCGAUUGCACCAAAUCGCUACGAAGGAGCAUGACUUGCCUCGUAGUGUGCACAUUGACGUCCCGGCUGCGAUGACGGGUGUGUCUCGUUUUGGAGAGGAGUUCUCCGCUUGGAGAUACUCUAAGGACGAGUCGAUGACUACAGUUGAGCACCUUAAGCAGUUCGACUAUUUGCUGACAGCCAAGGACCCAACACCGCUGGAAGAUGAUUUCCAAUACAUCGCGGGUUUUAGUGUCUUUGACGGUGUCGGUCUUGUUGACCACCGUAUCACACUCAAGACAAAGAAACUGAUUUUCCUCAUGCGCAAAAGAAACAUCACGGCAGGGAAGGUGUAGCGAUUUAAUGAAUGUCGAGGAAUUUUUUUUACUCCACAAAUAAAUAAAACAAAAGUAAGAAGCAGUUGAAAGUGCAUUCAAACAACAGUGCAAGGCAGCAGUAAAUCGAGCCUAGAAAAC